AUGGGGGAGACCAAAAUUAUCUACCACCUCGACGACCAGGAGACACCGUAUCUGGUGAAACUGUCUGUGCCGGCGGACAAAGUCACUCUGGCAGACUUCAAAAAUGUCCUCAAGAAACCAAAUUACAAAUUCUUCUUCAAAUCUAUGGACGAUGACUUCGGGGUGGUAAAGGAGGAAAUAUCUGACGACAACGCUAAGCUGCCCUGUUUUAAUGGACGUGUGGUGUCAUGGUUGGUCUCUGGAGACGGAGCCCACACAGAUGCAGGAUCAGUUGCAGAUAGUUUAGAGCCGACGCCCCCUUUAGAGAGGACCGGGGGCAUUGGAGACUCAAGACCACCUUCAUAUCAUGGGAAAGCAGCAAGCGGUCGGGACAGUUUGGACAAUGACACAGAGACCGGCUCCAUGGUGUCGCAAAGGAGAGAGAGGGAGAGGCCAAGACGGAAGCACACUAACGACCACGGUGGGAGGCAGAAUGGCUACUCAUCACGGGCAAUGGGACGCGGAGCUGCAGAGUACGACAGCUGUUCGUCCUUCAUGAGCAGCGAGUUGGAAUCCACUUCCUGCUUUGAUUCAGAAGAUGAUGACGCAACCAGCAGGUUCAGCAGCUCAACUGAACAAAGCUCCUCUCGUCUAAUGAGACGACACCGCCGUCGCCGACGGAAACCUAAGGCCUCCAAUAUGGACAGGUCCUCAUCAUUCAGCAGCAUCACAGAUUCCACCAUGUCUCUGAACAUCAUCACUGUCACUCUCAACAUGGAGAAGUACAACUUCUUGGGCAUCAGUAUUGUGGGUCAGAGUAAUGAGAGGGGAGAUGGAGGAAUCUACAUCGGCUCUAUCAUGAAGGGAGGAGCUGUGGCUGCAGAUGGACGCAUAGAGCCUGGGGACAUGCUGUUGCAGGUAAACGACAUCAACUUUGAGAACAUGAGCAAUGAUGAUGCAGUGCGAGUGCUAAGGGACAUUGUACACAAGCCAGGCCCCAUUACGCUGACUGUGGCUAAGUGCUGGGACCCGAACCCUCGGAGCUGCUUUGCUCUGCCAAGGAGCGAGCCAAUCCGGCCCAUUGACCCAGCUGCGUGGGUGUCCCACACGGCGGCCAUGACUGGGGUUUACCCCCCAUAUGGCAUGAGCCCUUCCAUGAGCACCGUCACCUCCACCAGCUCCUCCAUCAGCAGCUCUAUCCCUGAGACUGAACGAUUCGAUGACUUCCACCUCUCCAUCCACAGUGACAUGGCAACAGUUGCUAAAGCCAUGGCCUGCCCAGAGUCAGGUCUGGAGGUGCGGGACAGGAUGUGGCUCAAGAUAACCAUCGCAAACGCCUUUAUCGGUUCUGAUGUGGUGGACUGGCUCUUCCAUCAUGUGGAAGGCUUCUCGGAUCGCCGUGAGGCCCGUAAAUAUGCCAGCAACCUGCUGAAGGCCGGCUACAUCCGACACACAGUCAACAAGAUCACCUUCUCUGAACAGUGCUACUACGUCUUCGGAGACCUCUGUGGCAACAUGACCCACCUGUCUCUCCAUGACCAUGAUGGUUCCAGUGGAGGUGCCUCAGAUCAGGACACUCUGCCCCCUCUGCCCCACCCCGGAGCAGCCCCCUGGCCCAUGACCCUGCCCUACCAGUUCCCCAUCCCUCACCCUUAUGACCUGCCACAGCCCUUUCACGGUGGACCAGGCGCUGGCAGUGCAGGAAGCCAACACAGUGGAAGCAGUGGUUCAAACUGCAGCAAGAACGAGGGUCGGAAGUCCGGCGGCAGUGGCAGCGAAUCUGAUAUCAGGAGCCACCGAGCUCCAAGCGAGCGCUCAGUGGCUCCCCCUAGUGAGCGAAGCAUCCGUAGCUCUGUCAGCCACCGCAGUGCCAACUCCCACCUAAUAGCCUAUGGGCCUGGCCUUGUCUAUGGCCCCCCUGGCCUGCCCCCACAGCCCCCACAUCUGUCUACCGCUGCACCUGGCGCCCCACCAGGCAGAGAGCUUUCAUCUGUGCCCCCUGAGCUCACUGCGUCACGCCAAUCUCUGCGCAUGGCAGUGGGCAACGCCGGAGAAUUCUUUGUUGAUGUGAUGUGAUGCAGGUUAUAGGCUGAUAAGAGUAGCAGAUUGGGAUUUUUCAUGUCAUUAUAAGGCUGAGAAGGACAGCAUGACAGGACAGGAGGGAGGGAAGAUUGCAAAAGCUGUAACCCAAGGCCGUGAUUCCACUUUCCUAAAAGCAUAAAUGGAGCCAAUCUUGCUGUGUAUGCUGACAGAAAAUGUUCCUCCUCUCUUGUGCUUUUCUUCCUAGUAGUAGUGGCCAUACUUUCUUCAGUGAAGAAACCCCCUCACUCAAGAUGGAACCAAAGCGCCUUUUCUCAUUUUCCGCUCCUUGGUGGGGAGUAGUUUGUGUGAGGACAAAAAGCGAGAGAGAGAGAGAGAGAGAGAGAGGGAGAGAAAAGGGAGGGAG